UGCGCCACCAAAGGGAACCCCGAGGCCCCUGCCCGGGAGCGGCCUGGCUUGGGGGAUGAGCGGCUCCUGUCACUCAAAUUGACCUUUGCCCUCGCGCGCACCUGCUGGCAGAGCCCCCGGGCCCGCAGCGCCAGGGCGGGCGAGGGCAGCCGGGGCCGCGGACAAAGCUACCGCCGCCUACGCACAGGCUGCACGGCGAGGGGUUGGGGGCACCUGCGUGGUCUCAGCUCUGAGCGGAGGUGAUGGCGCGGAGCUAGCCCAAGGCAGCACAAUAGGACGUUUAAGUCUCAGAGUUGCCACCCAGAUCCGACUUGGGUAGUUAAAAAAAAAAAAAAAUGCACGCGCCUUUAAAAAAAUAGGUAAUUCCCAUUAUGGGUGUUUGUUGACCACCAACAGCAUGUGCCUAACACAAUGCCUCCUUUGCAGUUCCUGUUUUAUAAAUAUUUGCCCGGAUUAAGGACUUAGCUGUUACGGAGCAGUUUGGUCUUUCUGCAUCACGUGUUGUUGUUCAAUGUCCCGAUGAAAUCCUGGGCACUGUUAGCCUCAGAGUCUCAGUUACACAGUCACGUGAGGGAAAGGCCACAGCAGAGAGCUGGAUCAGACGUGGAGCAGCCAGGACUCAGCAGCACCCAUAUGGGAUGGUGGCACUGGAGGGAGCAGCUUUAUCCGCUAUAGCGCUGGCCCCAGGGAGUAGAAAGUUCUGUGUCGCUCUAGGAAAUGAAGCAUUAGUUUAGAAGAGGACCGUAAACUUCCUUCUGAUUGCAUCUGGCUGUUCACCAUGAAGUUAGGAAAACCUAAGGCGGGCAUUUCUCGGAGCUCAAGCCAGGGAAAAGCCUAUGAGAACAAGCGCAAAACAGGCCAGCAGCGGCAGAGAUGGGGGAUGACCAUUCGUUUCGACUCAGGCUUGAGUAGACUGAGGAGAAGCCUGGAUGAGAAACCCUACAAAUGCACUGAAUGUGAAAAGAGUUUCAGUCAGAGUUCAACUCUUUUUCAACACCAGAAGAUCCACACUGGAAAGAAAUCUCACAAAUGUGCCGACUGCGGGAAGAGUUUCUUUCAGAGUUCCAAUCUCAUCCAGCAUCGACGGAUCCACACUGGGGAGAAGCCCUAUAAGUGUGAUGAGUGCGGAGAAAGGUUCAAGCAGAGCUCCAACCUCAUUCAGCACCAGAGGAUUCACACCGGGGAAAAGCCCUACCAGUGUGAUGAGUGUGGCCGAUGUUUCAGCCAGAGUUCUCACCUUAUUCAGCACCAGAGAACGCACACCGGGGAGAAACCCUACCAGUGCAGUGAGUGCGGCAAAUGCUUCAGCCAGAGUUCUCACCUGCGGCAGCACAUGAAGGUGCACAAAGAGGAGAAGCCUCGGAAGACCCGGGGCAGAAAUAUCAGGGCAAAGACGCACGUGGUGUCCUCCUGGAAAGCCGGCACAGGGAGGAAGUCGGUGGCCGGCCUCCGCUAAGCAGAGGGCACUGCCUCAGCCCUCUUUACAAAAAGAUACAUGCUGUGAAGGCUGGAGAUGCUUUAUAGUGGAGCAUGUAGUGCUGGAUCCUUUCUCGGAAGACAGAUAAUAGGAAGUUAAUGACUUUAUUGGGAUAAAAGAAACUACACGAGCCUAGAUGCCCUUGUUUCUUGUCUGUGUGACGUGGAGCAGAAAGAAUUAAAAGUAUGCUGUGAGGGAAUGGAAGCCUUCUUGACCUCAUGAAAUUGCUUCCUGCUUCACUUUAACAAAAACCAUCAUGCUUAAUGACACGUUUGUGAAAGCACAGGCACGCCAGGCGUUACUCAAGUUUUAGGACUUCCUGUGGAAGAAAUUUACUUAGGAGGGAGAAGAAUUUCUGUUGGCUUUGAAGUUCUCAACGAAUGAGGGGAUUUUAUGUUUGUAAAGUUUUGUAGUAUAUUAACCAUUGGUGUGUGAAUGUGACUCUAUUCAACAUGUUAGAAUCUAUUCAUGUUCACAGAUUCUGAAUCAACAGGGCCAUUGUUGCUUGCAUUCUUAGGUUUUUUUCCCCUUCUGCUUAUGGCCAGUUACGAAUUGCUUUUCACCAAAAUCUUCAUAAGAGAUACCGUGGAGUCUAAAGUAAGAACUGAAUUAGACCGCAGGUGUAUUCCUGCUAAUAACUGUUCUGUGUGAUGGUGUUACUGCCAUGUCACUUGUUUUCCAGAAGGUGGGGUGAAUGUAUGAUGAUCCAUUCCAAUAUUGAUGAUCACUUUUGCCCAACUGAACCAGCCCUUUAGAGCUACAGGAAUAAACGAUUAAGAACAGACUUAGCUUUUCUCUUGCUAAUUAAAAACCUACAAUGUAUAUGCCUCACCAUGUUCAAGAGUGUAAACUUUAGAUUUAGCUUAAGUGUUUGUGAACAACAUAAGUCAUUUAAUGUUAGUGUCAUUGUAUUGUAGCUCCUUGGACAUUUAACUUCCUCUGCAUUACAGGAGUUAAGGCUCGUAAACCUGUAACUUCUGUCAGAGCGGUGCCAGUUGUCGGUUACCCUGAUCAGCCUUCAGCUCAGGUUUUAAUUUCUAUUGAAUACUAACAUUCUUACACUUUUUUUGGUAUCUUUUAUAAUCAUGUCAGUUUCUGCUAUACUAAUGACAGUUAUCCAUAGAAAUAAAAAAUGAAGUAUUUUGCAUACUACUGCCUUCUCUUUUUUUCCUGGGAAAUUGUAGUGAUCUAGACAACUGAUAUAAGUUUAAAGACCGAAAAAGCACAGCUUUUGAUAUAAUUGCUUGUUUUGUCUGUUUUUUUAUUUCCUCGAAUUUGAACUUUGCCUCCUCUUCAGCCUUGUGUUGAGUGCAGGUUCAUAGAGUAUGGCCUUGUUGACAGCAGUUUCACCCAGUGGGAAUAUCCAGAGUGUUCUGUGAGGUGAUUACAGACAACGUUUAUAGUAGACUUGAUCUUUGAUCUGCCUGUUAGAGCCAAGUCACUCUGUGGCAGGGGCAUGGCUGUAGGGCCCUUCUGAGGACCUGUGAGUAUUGUUUUAGUAUUAUAUCUGGAGUAACUUCUGGCUAGGACCAGGGCAGCUUGAAUUUCAUGAAUUUGCUAUUUUGAUAGCAACCACAGGGUCCUGCAACAGAAGGUCCUCUGUACAUUGUGAGAUUUCAUAGUUGACCUUUCUAUCUUUGACAGACUUACAUAUCCUCUAUAAAAGUAAAGCUGAUACUCUUUAGAUUUUAAUGUAUUCUCAGUUUUACUUGAAUUGCAUUUUGGGAAUAGAUGAGUAAUGUUUAUGGUAAUUAACAUGUGGUACCAAAGCCUUAUGCUUCUUUUAUGAGCAUUUUAUGAGAUAGAAAAAUAACAGCUGCUUAAAAUUAAUAAAGUUCCACUGUUAGAAACGUUA